UAUGACAGACGCCUGCACACGGGCCCAGUCGUGGCUGCUAACCGAUCAGUUUGGAUCAGCUGUUCAGCACACUUUAGGAUUUGUACGUUUUAUUCAUUGCGGGCGGAUUUACCCGACUUCCGCUUUCGCUUUGAAGGAGGGGUGUGUACCCAGCAGCUUCUGGCGCCCUACCCCUAACCCCUCUACGUUGUUGUUGUUGUUGUUGUUGUUGUUUUUAAUAGCAAGUCGCGCACUGUGGCUCCAGCUGUCAUCCCCUGUCGUGUGCAUGCAGCAGAAUGGCUCGAGUGGUUCCACUGGUUCUGAUGGUUCUGAUGGCUGCAGCAGGGAUCGCCAGUCUCUGUCCUUCAGCCCGCUGCCCACCGCCGCUGCUGCUACUACUACACGGGUGAGGAGGUUCAUCCAGGAGAGGCGGACGCUGCCCUUACCCAGAGUGAUGGUGGUGUUCUCGGCCGCAGGUGACACCGAGAAACCGGGCGAUGCCAUGUCCAGCUCGGACUCUGCGGAGGACGAGCUCCGAAAGCCGGCCUCCCCAGCCCCGAACUUCGCCCUCAGCAAGCCACUCCACCCCUCUCUCAGCUCGCAGGAGCAGGAGUUUCCAGAGGUCAUCUCUCUGAAUGUCGGGGGAACAUACUUCACCACCCGCCUGUCCACGCUACGGCGAUUUGAGGACACCAUGUUGGCGGCCAUGUUUAGUGGGCGUCAUUACAUCCCACGGGACGCAGACGGACGCUACUUUAUCGAUCGGGAUGGGACUCAUUUUGGGGACAUCCUGAAUUUCCUCCGAGAAGGCGAGCUUCCUCACAGGGACCGGGUGCGAGCGGUGCAUAGGGAGGCUCAGUAUUACUCCAUCGGCCCGCUGCUGGACAACCUGGAGGACUCUCAGCCGCUCACAGGGGAGAGAGUCCGACAAGCUUUCCUCGAUCUGCUGCCCUACUACAGAGACAAUCUGGAGCGUAUUGUGGAGAUCGCCAAACUGCGGGCGAUGCAGAAGAAGGCUCGCUUUGCCAAGCUGAAGAUCUGCGUCUACAAGGAGGAGAUGCCCAUCACGCCGUACGAGCGGCCUCUUUUUAACUCUUUGCGAUUCGAGCGCUCGGACAGCGAGGCCAAGCUCUUUGAACAUCACUGCGAGGUGGACGUCUCCUUCGGGCCGUGGGAGGCGGUGGCGGACGUUUACGACCUGCUGCACUGCAUCGUCAGCGACCUGGCCGAGCGCGGCAUCACUGCCGAGCAGCAGUGCAUCGGCGUCUGUGACAAACACCUCAUUAACCAUUAUUACUGCAAGAGGCCCAUCUAUGAGUUUAAGAUCACGUGGUGGUGAAGCUGGAGGGUCACGAGGGAUCGGACCAAAAAAAAAGAAAACAGGGCGGAUGCUCCAUUUUUACUAAAACUUGGCCGAUAUUGGUUUUUGUAUUGAAGUCGCCAAUAUUUUGUGCCGAUGUCACCCUUUAAGUCGUACACAUGAAGUAAGCUUUGUUUCACUAAUUUAUAUAUUUCUUUCUUUCUUGUCAAAAAGAAAAACACUCAAAAGUAAUUUAUUAGCAACACUUUCCAGUUGAAUCAACUCCAUUAUAAUCCUGUUUUUCUGAUCUUCAGUGCUUUACCUUCUCACUUUAAUCCAUUGAUGCACAGGUGGACUUCAGGACACUGUAGGAUGUGGUUCUAUGUGCAACUAUUGACACAUACAGGCCUAAAAGUUUUAAACAAGAGGACAGAAAAAUGCUGCAAUUUAGUCCUCUAAGAGUUUUUAUCUAAAGCUCCAUGAAGAAAUACCGUUAACAGAAAACAUGUAGGACUCAUUUCAGCCUAAUUAUCAGUUGUGAGGCUCAAACAUUUGUCUCCAGCAGCGUCUUCAUUUGAUAUUUUCAGACACAGUACUGUUUGUGGUUAGUCUGGUUUUAGCAUCGCUCUCAGCCCACACACAAUAACUGCUGUUACCUGCGAGUUAAAGAGGCCAGCAGUUGUUUCGAUUCUGCAGACGGCUGUGGUAAAACUGAAGUAUCGUCCUCUUCUGGACACGGGGGAAACAGACUGUUAAAGAAAGCCUGUUUUGACUCUGACAUGAGAGAUUGGCUUCAUAAUAAUCAGUACAGCUGUCUACAGAAGAAGUUUGAUUAUCUACUGUAAAAAAAAACAGCAGGUCACAUGUUACAAAAAAAGGGAACGAUUGUAAAUGCAUACAUGUAGCACGAGGAGAGAUUAUUUAUAAAGCUUCUGUUACGUGCGUCCGGUUUACCAAACCCUUACAAACAAACAACUACUGCAUCAGUCUGUCUCCAGACAAGUGCCGGAUUUAUUUCACGCUAAGCUAUCUAAAAAAAUAAACACGUUUCCAGAGGUGAUUUUCAUGUAUGAGGUAUCUCAACUGUCGAGUUUGGCAAGACAAAAGUCUUUUCUGACUUGCAAAAUCAUUCAGCGCCAGACAAAAAGUAAAAGAAACAGCACGUCUGGCAUUAAGUAUUUAUUUUCCUGUUACAUCCCUUUGUAGUAUUCACACAUUAUCGUUAACUCUACCGUUGCAAGUGGUUGGAACAUAAUGUGUCUAGUUGAUUAUACUUUUAUUUAGUGUUAAACAUUUGUGAUCUUAGUGCUCAGGAUGCAUUUUCAGACCAUGCAGAAACAUGUCUGAUUAAUGUCUGUUCAAGCAGACAAAGUAAACUUGAAGGUUUUUGCAUAUUUUGAUAUGCAUUCAACUUUUCAUGCUAAAGAGAAAAUACAUGUUAUUUCCUCUUUCUAAAGUCAAAGUUCAGCUUAUACCUCGACCCAAAGUGUCUCUUUGUGUCUUUAGAUCUAUUUUUCUAUUUCAGUCUUUUAGAGUGUAACUACAUUUUCUGUGUGUCAGACUGAGAGCGUCUACCAUCUUAACCCCAAGCUGUACUGUGGCUGAAAACAUCCAGUGAAGAUGCAGGAUUGAAGCUGCCAAUCAAAAGUGCACUCAGUGUAGAGACAGUGUUAGAUAAAAAGAAAAAUCUGAAUGUACAAAAAAAAAGGGUUAAUUUGAGACGAUCGUUUCACUAGAAGUGUUCCUGUUUUACAGUAAGAUCAUAAAAUACUGUAAUAGUUUUAUUCACUACUUGAACCUUUCCACAGCUCAUUUAUCAGUCCAGUUCAUCCCAGUAUGGAUAAGUACAUGAGUCCAGUACAAACAUUCAAAGAAAUGAUUUUGUAGUAAAUAUUAAAUAUUGUAAGUAAGUUAAUGGAAGUGAAAUGUGUAUUUUUAGGGCUAAGUUUUGUUUCAGGACGCAGAAUAACUUUGAGCCUGUUCCUUUUGGAUAAACAGAGUAUAUUUUAAUUAUGCAACUUCUAGAGGAGUCUUUUUAAAAGAUGGGAGAAAGGUCGGUGGUAAGAAAUGUUUGGCAGUUCUCACGUUACUCUGUUAGUUUAUUUCAUCCUUUGCAGGUGAUUGAAGGUAGUUAAAGCUUUGAACACUAGUGUGUAUACCUGCAGCUGUCUUUAAAGCAGAAAUCCAGCUGUUUACACAUGUGUCCAUUGUUAGAAAAUGUAUGUAUGGUUUUUUUAAUUCACUGUCACAGUGAUAAUCUUAAGUCAGACGACUCCAAAAACACUCCUGAGUUAAUGUCGACUUUUGUUCCAGUUGAUGAAGUUCCCUGAAGCUGUGACAAUGAGUGUCAAGGUUCAAUGUUUUGUCCUACUGUACUUGAUAAUGAAGUCUGAGCACCUUGUGAUUGUAACUAACAUAUAUAUAUAUAUAUAUUUUGUGUACCUCAAGAGUAAGUUUAAGAUUUUUAACUCCGUUGUGAUCAAUUAUAGAAAGCUGCAGCGCUGACAUCACUUUAUUUGUCUUUCAUUAGAAAGAGCAUCAAGCUUAUUUUAUUGAUUUUCUAUUUACAGGUAUGCAGGAGAGAAGCCACAUUCUUCCCUCUGAGAACCGCUCAUGUUGUUUUACAGUUAUGCAAUGUUUCCAGUGUUUUUAUAUUAUUACUCAUCGGUUUCCUUUAGCUUCUAGGAAGCCAUAGUUCUAUAUUUGGUUCAAGUUUGUAGAGGAAAAGAGAUGUGUCAUUUAUAUUAUUUAUGGUAAAAAUAAAAAAUAAUUGUUCAAUGCUUU